CGAUUUGCAGGACCAGAGAGAGAGAGAGAGAGAGAGAGAGACGGUUCUAUCCCAUUGGUCUCUGAGUCUCUCUCUGCAAAUUUUCACUUUCGUUUCAAAAAAAUUACAAAGAGAUCGUGUGAGACUACCAUUUGGCCGAUUCCUACUGUUCCAUAGAGGAUUAUAUACUCGCAUGCACUUUAUUCGACGCGUAAAGGUUUAUCAUCACUGAGAUCUCUCUCUCUCUCUCUCUCCUUUAUGGAGAAGUUUCUGACCAUGAAAGAGACAGACAAGUUAAGCACAACCCAUCUGGGUUAGGGUCUUAAUUGUUUUGCACGGUUGGAAAGAAGGACAGUGGGGACUGAUCAUGCUUGAUUGGUUCAGCUAUGGGUAUUAAGGUUUUGGAUUAAUGGAGGUAGGUUUGUGAAAAGGAGGAGAUAGGUGGGGUGAGAAAUGGGGGCAAUUGGUGGGGAGGAGUUGACUAAGUGGGAGAAGAUGCAAGGGGAGGUGAGUAGUGGUGGUGGUGAGGAGAAGAUUCUUGUGUUGAUUAGAUUGAGGCCUUUGAGUGAGAAGGAGGUUGCUAAGAAUGAGGUCGCGGAUUGGGAAUGCAUCAAUGAGAAUACCAUUUUGUUCCGGAACAGCCUGCAAGAGCGGUCCAUGUUUCCGACUGCUUAUACAUUUGAUAGAGUAUUUGGUGGCGACAGCCAGACUAGGCAGGUUUAUGAGGAAGGAGCAAAGGAAAUUGCUCUUUCAGUGGUCAGUGGUAUUAACUCAAGUAUUUUUGCUUAUGGGCAAACAAGCAGUGGAAAGACGUACACCAUGGUUGGUAUAACUGAAUACACAGUAGCAGACAUUUAUGACUACAUACACAGGCAUGAAGAACGAGCAUUUGUUUUGAAGUUUUGUGCAAUGGAGAUCUACAAUGAAGCUAUAAGAGAUCUCCUUAGCGCGGAUAGUACUCCACUAAGGGUUCUAGACGAUCCAGAGAAAGGGACUGUGGUGGAGAAAAUAACGGAGGAAACACUGAGGGAUUGGGCCCAUCUCAAGGAGCUUCUAUCAAUUUGUGAAGCUCAAAGAAGGAUUGGGGAGACUUCCUUGAAUGAAACAAGCUCUAGAUCACAUCAAAUUCUUAGAUUGACAAUUGAAAGUUCUGCUCGUGAGUUUUUAGGCAAGGACAAUUCAACAAAACUAUCAGCUAGUGUGAAUUUUGUCGAUCUUGCGGGAAGUGAGCGUGCAGCUCAGGCGUUAUCAGUUGGAGCAAGACUGAAAGAAGGCUGCCAUAUCAACCGUAGUUUACUGACCCUUUCUACCGUUAUUCGCAAGCUGAGCAAGGGGAGACAUGGACAUGUGAACUACAGAGAUUCUAAGCUAACUCGCAUUCUACAGCCCUGUUUGGGAGGCAAUGCCAGAACUGCCAUCAUUUGCACUUUGAGCCCUGCACGAAGCCAUGUUGACCAGUCUAGAAAUACUCUCUUGUUUGCUACAUGUGCAAAAGAAGUUAGCACAAAUGCAAAGGUUAAUGUAGUCAUGUCUGAUAAGGCCUUGGUGAAGCAUUUGCAAAAAGAGUUGGCUCGAUUGGAGAGCGAGUUAAGGACCCCUGCCCCUUCUUCCACUUCUGAUUAUGCAGCAUUACUGAGGAAGAAAGAUCUUCAGAUAGAAAAGUUGGAGAAAGAGUUGAGAGAGCAAACUAAGCAGCGGGAACUUGCAGAAUCUCGGGUUCAGGAUUUGUUGCUCAUGGUUGGAAAUGAUGAAGAUUCGACGGAAUGGGGUGGGCUUAGUAAUCGUCCUAAAUGGCAAGAGGGUAACAAAUGGGAAGAUGAAUGUUCGGUGUCAGACUCAUCAGUUACAGAUGAUACACAUUACCAAGAUAUAGGUGGCAGAAAAAUGGGCAACUCAGUGAAUUCGUGGCCCUCUAAGAUAGAGUUUUUCAAUAACCCACUAACAGGUAGAGGAACUGGAGAAGAUCCCAAUGAAAUUUGCCGGGAAGUUCGUUGUAUUGAGAUGGAUGAAUCAGGAGCAGACAAGAUCUCUGAACCCCUUGCCUUUUCAACUGGCAAUGCUGAAGGAAUGCAUAGCAAUGUGGCCAUUGACGAGUUGGAAUCAACCCCACCAAGACAAGUAACUGAAACCCAAAGUAGCAUGACUAAUGGUAUAUUGGAGGAGAGACACCAGGAUGUGCAAAAGACCAUUGGUUCUCUUGUUAGCCGUUACCCUGAAGACCCAUCUCCUUGGGCUCAAGGCAAUAUGUCACGGUGUGAAAGUCAGAAGUUGAAUAGGAGCUGGAGUUGUAGAGCUACUCUAAUGGCUGGCUCAUCCUUUCCAGACUUUGAGACGACAGGUGAUAGUCAGAACACACCAGUUGAAGGUUUUGAGAAAAGCUUUCCCGGAAGACCAGAAGGCUUCCAAAGGAUGGUUCCGCCAUUAAAUUAUGAUGCGGCAAGGUUGUCGAGAAAUGAUUCCCAGUCUUCUAUGGGGAGUGCUUUUGUAGAUGAGUUAAAAGCUCAGAAGAACAAGAAUUCCACAGAUGAGGAUAUUCCUAGCAUUGAUACUUUUGUUGCAGGACUCAAAGAAAUGGCCAAGCUUGAAUAUGAAAAGCAACUUGCUAAUUGUCAGGGAGAAGAAUCGAAGGCCAAGAAGAACGUCAAAGAUGUUGGAUUAGAUCCGAUGCUGGACGCAGCAGAAGCUCCUGCAACUUGGAAUAUUGAGUUCGGGAUAAAGCAGAAAGCAAUACUUGAACUUUGGCAAUCUUGCAAUAUUUCGUUGGUGCACAGGACAUACUUCUUCCUGCUAUUUAAAGGCGACCCAACAGAUUCCAUAUAUAUGGAGGUGGAGAUGAGGAGACUUUCCUUCCUCAAGGAAGCAUUUUCUCAGGGUAAUCAUGCUGUGCAAGGGGGUCAGACUCUCACGUUAGUGUCAAGUUUGAAGGCUCUUCGCCGUGAGAGAGAUAUGUUAUGCCGGCUGAUGCAAAAGAGGUUCUCGGAAGCAGAGCGAAACCGUCUAUACCAGAUGUGGGGUAUCGGUUUGGGGUCAAAGCGGAGGCGGUUUCAACUGGUCAACCGCUUGUGGAGUGACGCUCACGAUAUAAACCAUGCCGCACAGAGUGCUUCAAUUGUUGGAAAGCUGAUAAGGUUCAGAGAACAGGGAGAGGCGCCCAAGGAGAUGUUUGGGCUUAGCUUCGUGCCUGCUGCACCCGCAAGCCGAAGAUCCUUGGGCCGGAAACACAACAAUGAUCAUUGGGCUUCCCUUUGGUAAGCUUGUGUCAUAUUACCGGAUAGAAAGAAAAUUAGAGGCGAUGUGCUGAAUUGUUUUUUUUUUCUUUCGACGUUUUGUUCUGUGCAAUGUUCAUUUAUGAUUGAAAUUGAAAAUGGUUGUCCACAGUUGCGAUCAAUUUGUAAACACACUGUUGGAAAUGAACUUGUUUUAGGUUACUGUUUUA